AUGGAUCAUCGGAUAGAGCACAUCCGGAUGCACGAGAAGCACAAGGGCCAUGAGCAGAUGCAUGCCGAGAUGGUGUUGGUGCUGGUGACGGCGCUGCUGCUCGGCCAGGUGGUGCUCGUCUUCUGGAGGAGCAAGCACCCCCGCUCGUAUCAGAUCGUGACCCUGAUCGGCAUGUGGGUGAUCCCGUUCGUGCUCUGCAUCCGCAACCACUGGUGGCGCUUCAUCUUCUUCUGGCUGCUUACCUACUCGUGCAUCACGCUCAUGAUCGGACACAAAGCCAUGAAAAAGCCGCUGGAGGGCACCACGCCUAGGCUUGUCUACAAGUGGUUCCUGCUCUUGUACAAGAUCAGCUAUGGGCUAGGAAUAAUCGGCUACACCAUCAUGAUGGGCCACCUUCAUGGGUUAACCCUGAUGUUCAGCGUGAAGCCGCACGUCUGGAUGGACGUGGGCAUCAUGUUUCUCUUCUACGGCCUCUACUACGGCGUACUGGGCCGAGACUGCGCCGAGAUUUGCGCUGACAAAAUGGCCGCCCACAUCGGAUACUACCGUCCGGACGGCAUGCCGACCCGCAGCCUGGACCCGGACGUGUGCGCCGUCUGCGGCAACAAGCUGAUGGUGCUGGACAACGACCAGGCCGUGCUGGAGAAGACCUACCGGCUGACCUGCCAGCACGUGUUCCACGAGUUCUGCAUACGCGGCUGGUGCAUCGUCGGCAAGAAGCAGAUAUGCCCCUACUGCAAGGAGAAGGUGGACCUGAAGCGGAUGCUGCACAACCCGUGGGAGAAGCCGCACGUGCUGUACGGCCAGCUGCUGGACUGGAUCCGCUGGCUGGUGGCUUGGCAGCCGGUCAUCAUCAUGGCCGUGCAGGGCGUCAACUACCUGCUGGGGCUGGAGUGAGAGGCGGCCGGCCGGUCGGCACGCGGCGCCGGGCCGGGCCAGGAGCGGCCUGCCGCAGGGUUAGCGGGCGGGUCGCGGGGGAGGCCGGCGACCCGGUGAGUGUGCGGCGGCUGUGGAAGCGAUCAGGGCGGCGUCGGCGUGGAGAGGACCCCUCGCGACGCGGGAGAGUGGUUGCGGGCUUCCUGGGCGAGGCGGGGCAGCCAGCUGUCGGGUCUGAGCCGCGUCACGUCAUAGGGCUGGCGUCCCCCUGCCCCCCCCCCCUUCCCCUCCCUGAAGCAUCGCUGGUGGAGCGACUCCGCGGGUGACGAGGUGGUGUUGGGAGCGGAGCUGGAUAUCGGUCAUGCUGCCUGGGAGGCUUCAUCCGGGGAAAGGAGAGUUUUCAGAGGAGGGAGGGGAAGACAGGGCCGGAUAGUGUCUUCGCUCGACCAACGGAGCCGGCUCGGCGCACUCCGAACUGACCGGCUUCUCCAGACGCAGGGAGCUUCGUACGUCGCUAUGUCUAUUUAUAGGCGCUUACCAAGCAUGAGCCGGUAGGCUAGGGUAAUUUAAUUAGCAUGAUUUUGCAGUGUACUGAGGCGCGUGCUCUCGGUGCAUACGCCUCCCUGAUGGACAUGAGCGGGUGCUGAGGCGCGUGCUCUCGGUGCGUACGCCUCCCUGAUGGACAUGAGCGGGUGCUGAGGCGCGUGCUCUCGGUGCGUACGCCUCCCUGAUGGACAUGAGCGGGUGCUGAGGCGCGUGCUCUCGGUGCGUACGCCUCCCUGAUGGACAUGAGCGGGUGCUGAGGCGCGUGCUCUCGGUGCGUACGCCUCCCUGAUGGACAUAAGCGGGUAUGCACCUGGCCCGCUGCAAGCACCAGCGCAGCACGAGCUGUGCUCAGGAGUGCAGUCAUUGGGUCCGGUCACGACCUUGUCGUCAGACCCCUAGAAUCGCCAAAUCGCGUCGGCGGACUUCUCGAAUCGCGGAAUCCCGACGUUUGGGUUCGAAUCCAGGCCGCGCCGAACCCGUCGACACAGCAUCGGAUGCCACGGGUGCAGGCUGGAUUCGCUGGUGCUCGUGCAUAGAGCGUCUGCUGCCGUGCCCUGACCGUGCCUGAAAGGCCGGUCGGCGUCCGGGCCGGCGUGAACGAUUAUUAGGACUUGGUUCAAUGCGUCACAAAACCGCAUUUCUUGCGAUCGUAGGCGUGCUACACUAUUAUUGACUUAAUAGGAAACUAAAAUGUUUGUGACGUUUGCUUUUCUCGCUGCAAACGUAAUGCUCGAGAUGCGUGCUGACGCCGAACGAAAAUUUCAAUGUAAUUGCAUUGAUUUUGGGAAAUACAAAUGCUGCCUUCACGACAAA